UGGAGUCUGUGAGGGUUAAAAGCACAUGGAUAAGGGGUUAGACAUUUAUUUCCGGAAAAAAAGAAACAUUUUUCACUCUUGAAAGUCAAUUUAGUCUGUCCUAAGUUUUACUAGAAUUGUGUUCAAACCAAAAACAAUCAUUUAAUUUUUUUUUAUAUAUCAAUUGUGGUUUCUAUCAGAUACAACAUGAGGUCAAAAACCUCGUCCAUCAUUUUAGCUUAGCCCUUUAAUGCCCGAAACAACACAAAUUAUGGCAUGCUAUAUUAUCAAGACAGUUAUGUUUUCACUCAUUCUGUUGGAUUGCAGGGAUGCACAACAUCUUGAAAUAUAUGCAGACACACAACUAUGGUUGUCCUGAUGUAGUGAUCUGAAAUAUGAAAAAUGGCUCAUCUUACCCCACAACCCCCUAUGAUUUUUUUUGCACAAUACCUCAAAAGUUUCUUAUCAUAUACAUUUAGAUAGUAGAUUAUGAUUGAUUGAAUGAUUAAAAUCACGUCAAAUUUAGACCAAAAGUAAUUUAUGAAUGAAUAUUAAGAGGGAAAUUUGUAGAAGUAGUUAAGAUAAAGAGUAGUGCUUCCUGAAGUGUAAAAACAAUAUAUCAGUGAUCCAUUUCCACUGAAUACACUCAAAGUCUGAACUGCAUUUUACCGGACAGUGAACUGAACCCUUCAUCCACCUUCAGUCCACUUACGAGAACUACACUUCCCAGCCGCCAUUGCGUCUGCUUCUACCGCAAACAAAGAAAAUCGGAAACUCACACUUAUUGCAUUUUUCUUAUAACCACGCACAUAUCCUAUAAAAGCAAAGAACAAUGAACUCUUUUGACGAUAAUAACAGAGUGUACCACGCAUAAAGUCAAAAAGAUUUCUGUGUCCUCGCGCGAUAUCACGUUUCCGGAAGUUGGUGUGGCAUGAGAUAGAGAGCUGUCCGAGGUGCUGAGACUGAACUGACCUGCCCUGUUUCAGACUCCCAACCCAUGUAUCGUACACGAGUUUCAAUUACGUCUGCUUGUUAGGCUUCUGACAACUUAUUUAACUAAGGUAAGUCUUACAUUUAUUUAAUUUUGUGAAUUAUGUAACCGUGUGAUAACAGAGUGCCAAAUUUGCAAAUUCAGGUGAUUCUGUCUGUCAAAGAUAUGCUGGAGUUAACAGAUUUCCCGUUUUCUUUCCUCUAUCUCUUUAACUGUUUUAUACAAAUACACUUUUUUAUGCACAGACACAUUUCAUUUAUGAGGACAGGCUUUCACACACUAUGGUCUUUUACAUGCAGUAUGAUCUUUGAUUCUUUUCAUAGAGUCAGAAUUUUGGAAGAUGGAUGAACCUCAAGAGUCACCCCCCUGUAUUACUGAUGCCAACAACCUCAGCAGCACUACCAGCAGCAGCAGCAGCCCUCCCAGUGGUAAACCUGGCACUGCUCCACAAUGCAACGGGGUCCCGGAGAGCCGAACCCUUUUGCGGGUGUCUGAGUUACACGGACUCCAAUUGCUGAGUGUGCUCAGAUCAUUCAGGGAGCAGGGCUUGAUGUUUGACUUUACCAUCAAGGUCCAGGAGCAGAAAUUUCCCUGUCAUCGAUGUGUCCUUGCAGCAUGCAGUGAUUUCUUCAGGUUUUUUAAUCUAUUUUUCAGUCUAUUCUUUGAAAUGAUUCGUUUCUCUGAUAUUAAUCUGUGGAUAUAUGUGACUACUGUGUGUUCAGGGCCAUGUUUGAGGUGGAUAUGCGAGAGCGGGAUGAUGGCUCAGUGACUCUUGGUGGCCAGUGUCCUGUAGCAGUCAGCUCUUUCCUCGAUUUUGCCUAUUCUGGAGAGGCACUUAUCACUGAAAGCAAUGUAGACAUGCUGUUUCAGCUUGCAUCUUUCCUGCAGGUAUACAACAACACUUUUUUAUUAUUUAUCGUCAGCAUAAACUGCAUCACUCAUUGUUUCUAGCCAAAUUUGUGCUGAAACCAGUGCCUCGCCCAAACUAUAAUGUCACCAGAUGCACAUUUUAAUAUACAGUGUAAAGCCUUUAGACGUACUUUUUAAUUUACCUUAAAUAUUCUCUUUGCUUUCUUCUUCCCUAAGGUGUCAGUCCUGUCCAAAGCAUGUAGUGACUUCCUGAUAGGAAACAUGGAUCUUAGUAACUGUCUGCCCCUCUUCGCCCUUGCUGAGGCCUAUGGCUCGGCCUCCCUCCUAAAAAGUGCCACUGAUUUUGUUGUUCAGAACUUCUCCAGCCUCUGCAAAACACAGGACUUUCUUGAUAUGCAGGUGUUGUAGUUUACACAAGGGAUUGGAAUAAAGGGGAUUUUUAUUAGAUGAAGUUUAUAUAAUAAUAAAUGCACGUGAUUUACAUCUAAAAUAUAAACACUAAAGAAGGAGGCUGUAAUUAUCUUUUCAAGGCAGCCUUAAAUGAACAUUUUCCAUCAUUAUACUGCCUCUAAGCCUUUGUUAAAAAUUUCUGUAGACUUAGAAAAAGAAGGUAUAAAGUUUUAUUUCCCAUAUUAAAUUAAGGACAGAACUAUUCUAUCAUUUCAUGUCGUAUUCACAUUUUGAUUUUCUUGCUAUAGCUAAAUGUGUUGGAAGCAUGCCUACAGUCGGAUGCUCUAAAUGUGUCCAGUGAAGAGAUCGUAGUUGAGUCACUUCUUAAAUGGAUACAACAUGACCUCCAGGGAAGACAAAAACUGCUGCCAGGCUUGUUGUCCUUAACCAGACUUCACCAUCUACCUUCACCUGUCUUAAAGGUAGAAAAAAAAAUACACUGUCCUUUGUAAUGAUCCUAUCUCAGGCCUUAGUGCUGUCUCAUCCUUUUAUUGUUUUUGUUUCUCUAUCUGUCAGACUCUCUGUGAUUUAGAGCCUCUCCUCCGCAGUCAAGAGUCUUGUCUGGCCCUGUUCUCAGAGGCGCAGAGCAAACAAGAUCAGUACAGUGGACUGCUCACUGACGCCAGGCCAGCCACCACGCAGAGCUAUAUCUACAUCCACAAGACAGAGGAGAACGGAGAGAUCCGCCACACCUUCUGCUACUGUCUGGAGACAGACCAGUGGAAAGAGCUGCAAGCAGGGAGUGGAGAGGGGGCGGGCACGAUACCAGACCCACCGGGAUCUUACCUCACCAGUUAUGCUGAAAAGGUAAAACAGUGUGGGUAGGGAACAGGUACCUAAAAGGGGACAUGUUUGUUACUUUUAACUUGAAAAAUAAAAUAAAAUUUUGUUCUUUUUUUGCUUCCAAGAUGUUUGUAACAGGCGGUUGCAGGGGAAACUGUUGUCGAGCGAUACGUCUCCAUGUAGCCGAACCUUUCCAUGAUGCAACAGAUGAAGUUUGGUGCUUCUGUCCCGUGACCCUCACCUGUACUCCUGCACCUGCCAUGCUGAAGCCCAGAACUACACAUACAGCUGUUACUUGCAUGGACCGAGUGUAUGUCAUUGGGGGACGGACCAAAGGAUCCAGGGGUGGAGCUCCUAGUCUGCUGGAGGUAAUAGCGCCUCACUUUUAUGUAUGAAUGGAACCAUUUGGAUGGAUCUUUCAUUUGAAGCCUCUGUUCUUCCCUGUUCUUUAGGUGGAGUAUUACAACCCUCUGACCCAGACUUGGACCUCAGUCAGCCCCCUGCCCACUGCCAUCUUCUACCCCGAGGCCAGUGCUUGUGGCAGUAUUAUUUACACUCUGGGAUCAGAGGUGGAGAUCACAGACUCCUUUAACCCCUCACUGGACUGCUUUUUCAGCUAUGAUGCCCAGAAGGACCAGUGGAGCCGCCUGGUGGCAGAGUUCGGCCAGUUCUUCCACGCCAUUCUGGUCAAGGCUGUGUCAAUUAACAACACACUUCACCUCUGUGAUCUGUCCACUUAUAAGGCAAUCAAUAAUUGAAUGAGUUAUCAGUUGUUUCAGUUUCAUUCAAAGGGAAAAAUAUGUUAAAGUAGUUACACAUAGAGUUCAUAGUGUGCUUUUUUCCUGUCCAGGUGUACAGUUUCUGUCCUGAGACCUGUGUGUGGAAGGGAGAAGGCUCGUUUGAGUGUGCUGGGUUCAACGCUGGAGCAGUAGGCAUGAGAGACAGAAUCUAUAUCCUGGGUGGAGACUAUUCACCUGAUGAGAUCACUGAUGAAGUCCAAGUAAGAGAACCUAUUCAUCCCUAAAUAGGUGUUAUUCUGCUUUGAUUUGUUAAAACUCAUCUAUUUGAAGUGAAAAUCUCAUCUAUUUGAAGCUCUGAAUUUCUCCACCUUUGUGUCUUCCUGUUGCCUGUCCAGGUGUACCACAGUGGUAGGAGCCAGUGGGAGGAAGUGGCUCCGAUGCCCCGAGCACUCACCGAGUUCCACUGUCAACUUAUCAGCUUCCACAGAUUUAGAGACCCAUGGAGUGACACAGCGGACACAAACACAUGAACCUGUCGGCGUGUUUUAGCAGGCACAGCAUGCGGCACUGACUGUGGCAGGAACCCCAGAGUCUCCAAUGUGCAUGAUGGACACUGAUUGAGCUAACAUCUUGAGGGUGACAAUCUGCAACUAACACUGCAUCUCUCAUGGGUCAUCAUAAAACAUGUGCAGCCAAGCCAAAAAGAAGCAAAUUUAUUUUUUUAUUUAGAACCUAAACUUUGUAUGUGUUGAUAAAAAAAACACUGGCCCUCCCAUGGAGGAACCCUAUUUAGCAAAAUGAUAUGUUAGAAUUGCACUUUAGUACCCUGAUUUUUUUUCUUUUUUUUUGUGACACGAGAAUUCACCCAAAGUAGCGACAGGGUCUGUGGUUAUUCACGCUUUCCUGCUGCUAGGACAUAAAAAGAGACCACCUUAAAAAAACAAACUCACUAGUAUGUCGCUCUGUUGACAUAGAACUUCCAUUGUUAGAAAAGGUUCCAUUGUUAUGAAAGAAAAACACUUAAAGCUCAUGUGAGGAAUUAUAUGUCUUGGUUUAUUUUGGCGCCCCCUGUAGACAAAGCAGUAGCCUUUAUAUAAUUUCUAUUUUCAUCUCAUCCUUGUGAAUUUCUUCUCCCAUUCAGUGGAAUUUAUAAACCACUUUGAAUAUUUGCUGUGGGCAUAGUAACAAAGGCCAUUGCAAUCCAAUCCAUUGGAUUGCUACCACCUCACAGCAGCUACAGGCGCUAAAAAUUAAAAUAUAGAAAAUGUUAAUCUUGUUGAAAAUUGUCUCCUUUGCUUUUUUACACAAUAUAAAUGCAUCAUGACUCAUUUCAGCCUGUUUCAUAACCUAUGAAAAACUCCUCACAGUAGCUUUAAGAUGAACACAUAUUUGAUACAUCACAUGAAGACCUAAACACUUCUCUUUUUUUUCUUAAGAAAAUGGUUCUCUGGUAUCAGAGGGAUUUAAAAUGUUGUAUUUUCCCCAUUUUAAUCUUUUCAGGUCUUUUAUAUGUAUUGAAGACAUGCAUAUACAACCUAAUUUGUACAAUGAUCAUCUCCCAAUAUUCACUAUGCUGUGCAAGUACCUGGGUGCAUUUGAUGUCAAAUACUUGCCUUUAUUCUGCUUCAUGCUAUCAUGAAUCCCUGCAUCCUGUUUCUCAUGAAUUGAAGGCCCAUUCAUUAUGUGACAGAUAAAUUACCUCAUAUCUGCUUGUUUGAUGUCAUCAAGAUCACUUCAGCUUCAAAGAACAAAUGUAUGAAUAGAUUCAGAAAACAGCAAGAGAAAACAUGAGCUGGAAGCAUGAAUGCACUUUACAUUUUUGACCUGCAACAGAAGGACAAACUCAAUACACUGACGACUGUUUAAUGACAGAAAGUGAACAUAAACAAAAGCUUCAAAAUGCG